CCUUCUAAACACGCUCUGCCGUAUAUCACCAGGGGCGCGCGUUCGGUUGACGCUCGCCCAAGGAUUGUUAUUGAAAGAUGAAACACUGUGCCAACCGUCAGUGUCAUAAAACAAAAAGUCAAGAUUCUUUUUGGUGUCCUUACCAUAUCUGAUACUCGUGAGAUAUUCAUAUUGAGAAGGCGAAGACCUAGCACGGAAUCUCGGGAACCUCGACGUCUCUGAGGAAAUACUAACGUGAACAUCACUAUGGCUUCAGCAUCUGCAGCGGUGGAGCUGGAGCAGAAGGAGCCCUUGAACAAGGGAGGGCGCCCUAACCUCUACGAGGGAAAAGGUCCAGCCGAGACUUCAAAUGAAAACGAAAUCUCAAUGAAUGAAUUUCGAGGAAAGAUGGCAACUGAGGGAAGCGACGGUAAGACCCAGACUGAUGCAGAAGCAGGUGGUUCAGCGCCCAAAUCAGGGUUCGGUGGCUCAUGGAAAUGCUGUAUUUUACUCACCGUAGGACUUUUGGUAGCCAUUGUCUUCACGGUUGUCGUUGCUGUGCUGAGUAGUCAAACAACUCACCAAAACAUGCGGUCCAAGGGCGCUAAUGAUCAGAAGUCCAGUGUGUAUCAAAAUGCUGCUGUGGUGACCGACACAGAGAUUUGUUCCACUAUGGGAAAAGAUAUACUCGAACGGGGCGGCUCGGCGGUAGAUGCAGCCAUCACAAGUCAGCUAUGUAUAGGGCUGGUAAACGGCCAGAGCUCGGGGUUGGGAGGAGGAUUCUUCAUGGUCAUUUACGACGCAGCCAACGCAACGUCACACUUCAUCGACGCCAGAGAGACGGCGCCAGCGGGAGCCAAUGAGGCGUACGUGGCCAGUAGGUUGGCUGCUGGCUCCCCGACAGGUAUUAAUUCCACGGCUGUUCCGGGUGAGGUGCGCGGUCUAUGGGACGCUCAUCAAAAGUAUGGCAAGCUACCUUGGGAGGACCUGUUUACACCGGUCAUUGACCUCGCAGAGAAAGGCUACCGAGCAUCAGCUCAUCUCGAGGACACGUUACGCAAAAUGGAGUUAGUGAAACCUUUGAGCGACUAUGAUGGUGCCUGGGAUAUCUACUUGAGAGAAGAUGGGAGCCGAAAGCGAGAAGGUGAUCUAGUAAUAAAUAUCGCCCUGGCAAACACUUUGCGUGCUAUAUCAGUGAAUGGUUCUGAUGAAUUCUACACUGGAGCUACGGCCCAAAAACUCAUCGAUGAGGUGGAGGAAUUAGGUGGUAUCCUAACCUUGCGGGAUCUGAGCUCUUAUUCAACAAGAUCGGGUAACGCCCUGACAUCCCCGAUCCGUGAUGGUAUGAUGUUACUAGCGCCCCCAUCGCCGUCUGGUGGUGCAGUACUGCAGUUCAUUGUCAACGUCAUGUCAUCAUUUAAUUUAACACGUGAAGACUUCCAACCCGGUCCGAACCUGGUGAGAACCUAUCAUCGAUUCCUGGAAGCCAGUCGCUUCGGCUUUGGUCUAAGAAGUAGGACUGGAGACGAAGAAACUCCUGGUGUACAACAGGCAUUAGAUGCACUCGCAUCUAUUGACUACGCCCGUGAAAUAGCGGCAUCCAUCCCUACUAACCGGGUGUACUCCACGAACUCAAGCUAUUACAACGUCAUGCCUCAAAUUACUACCACCCUAGGCGGUACGAGUCACGUGAACGUACUUGCAGCCAAUGGGGACGCAGUAUCCUCUACUACAUCAGUCAAUUACAGAUUUGGUAGCAAGAUUCGAUCAGGAUCCACCGGUAUCAUCUACAACAACGAAAUGUCAGACUUCAGCUAUGAUUCAGCCUCCCCAAAUUAUGCCCGGCCCGGGAAACGCCCUCUCUCGGCAAUGUGUGGGUCCAUCGUCAUCGACAGGGAAGGCCGCGUUCAGCUGGUCGAGGGAAGUGCGGGGAGUAAGAAAAUCAUCACAGUGAAUGCUUGGGUUAUUCUCAGCACGAUGCUAGGUGAGGUACCCCUCUCGCAAGCAGUAGAUGGAAAACUCAUACACGCUGAGCUUAGACCUGAUAUAGUUGAAAUAUACGAGAGUGGUUUCGAUCAGGACAUGAUUGACCAACUAACAACACUCGGCCACGACCUCACUGAGCAGAAAACAAUAUUCGCUGUUAUCCAGGCUAUCAUGCGAUCAGAUGACGAAAUACAUGCCUAUUCGGACCCGAGAAAAGGCGGGAAACCUGCCGGCUACUGAUACUAGGAGGGGGGAAAAGACGCCUGCACCCUGCCAUUUAAAUUUAGUUGAAUUUUAAGAAUGAUCGUUAAUGUGGAAUAUUUAUUUGAAAAAUGUUGGAGGCAAUUUCUAUCUCAUAAUUAUAAUCAAAGAAACACUACGCAUAUUUUAACGACAGGUUCAGGUGCUGAGAAAUAUUACAUUCCAUAUUGGUGCUGUAAUCCCAUGUAUUGGAUUCAAGACCAAUUUUGUUUAUCAAAUUUACAAUAAGUUCUCGCUUGGUGAAAUGUCAUGUAUAGCAGUGCAGUUUGCAAAGAGGUAUUGAACUAAAGAGGUAUUAGAUUUUUGUUUAAGUUACAAAAACAUGAGAUGUCAUGCUCCGUUUUCUUUGUUCAACCAAGGAGGAUAUCUCUUUGGUUCAACAUGAUUUUUUUUCUUCUCAGAGUUAAGGAUCUUUAUUCUAAUGACACAGAAAUUAAGCGGGAUGAUUGUCGAUCUUAAAGCAUAAAUACGGCUUUGGCAAUAUCCUUCUACACAAUCCUCAAUCCUUGCCAGUUACAAAGAAGCACAAAUUAGGAGAAGAUAUUAAUGUAGCACUAAUAGUAGAAGCAGUCGCAGAAGUAGGAGGACGAGGAGGGGGAGGAAGAGGAGGAAGAGCAGGAAUAAGAAUUACGAAGAA